AUGCAAAGUGGAAGUGGGAGCGGUUCCGAUACAUUUAGCAGCUAUGAACAUCCUCCACCACCAGGUUCACGUCUGGCGCAAUACUUACACGGCAACAGUACCCAACAAGUAUCACGGCCAUCAAAUUGGACUAAUAAUCUUGCCUCCAAUCAAACCGUUUUAACCGGUCCUUACGCUUUCAGCAGUCAAUCUGCUUCCAAUUCAAAUAGUUUAUCACAUUUUACAUCUUCAUUCGCUGCAAUGGGACUGACUGAUGAAAAAGACAAUUCAACAUUAUCGACGAUGCCUUUUGGCUUUCCUACAUCAUCGCAACGAUCAAUGAGUUACUCUAAUGUAACUCAAGCGUUAAAUAACCCGAUUAUGCACGACCCAAUAAAACCAAGCAGUCAUAUAAGUGCUGAAAGUUGUGGUGCAGCAAAUUAUAUGCAAGAAAAUUUCGGCGGAACGACAUAUUUUUUUGCUCCGUCUUCAGUAAAUUCAUGUUCUGCUGAUGGGCAGUCACCUACUGCUCAAAAAGACGACCGUGUAUAUGUGACAACAGCUGGACAUUUUGUUUAUCAUGGUCCAUUGCCUCAUAUUGGAAAAUACAAGCCUCCUCGAGGACUUUCAUAUUUCACACCACCUGAGCUGAAAUUGGAAUUAUUGCAACGACAGUUAGCUAUACAAUGUCGCGCGGAACCAUCGCUUUACCCUGAUAUUCCUCAGAAUGUAGAAUAUUUUCAAAACCUAGUACCCUUAGAAAAUAUUAAAUUUGGUACUGGUCACAUGGAACGUGGAACUUUCGGAUCACAUAUCACAACUGUUUAUAAAGCUAUCAAUGGACGUGAUGGAAUGCCAUAUUGUCUGAGGCGGAUCCAUAAUUUUCGAAUUAAUGCAAUAAAGCAGCUGUCAUUGGCGGAUAAUUGGAAGAAACUGGUGCAUGUUAAUGUUGUGCAACUUCGUGAUGUCAUACAGACACGACAGUUCGGUGAUUGCUCUGUAAUUUUUGCCUAUGACUAUCAUCCACUGUCAGAAACUUUGAGAACUCGCCAUCUUUUGAAUCGAUUGAAUGGUUCAUCAAAACUAGGACCCAUUGCGAAUCUGACGGGUGGUAGUCCUGUGAUGCAAGAAUCUUUAAUGUGGUCUUAUAUUGUACAGUUGUCCUCAGCCCUCAGAGCUAUACAUUCGGCUGGUAUGGCUGCACGAACUGUCGAUCCAUCCAAAAUAAUCAUUUUUGAUAAAACUAAAGUUAUGUUGAGCAGUUGUGGAAUUUUAGAUGUUAUUAGUCCUGGCAGCGAACAUGCUAUUCAGCUGCAACAACAAGAAGAUUUGAAUGGUUUAGGUCGUGUGCUUAUUGCUUUAGCGAUGGGUUCUCCACACGCCGUACGUCGUGAAAACAUUAAUAAUAGCCUUAGUAUAAUAAACCAACAAUGUACGACAGACUUAAAAAAUAUCAUCACGCUAUUAUUACAAGCUUCCUCUCAGCGUCCGCAUUCAAUCAAUGAAGUAAUGCCAAUGAUUGGUGCUCGUUUUUAUGCCCAGCUGGAAACAACUCAGAUGAAAAACGAUCUUUUAGAAAAUGAAUUAUCUAAAGAACUAGAAAAUGGACGGUUGUUUCGACUGCUCUGUAAAAUAAAUACAAUUACUGAACGAUCAGAGUUUCAAAUGGAUAUGUCGUGGAGUGAAACAGGCGACCGCUAUUUAUUAAAAUUAUUCAGAGACUAUUUGUUUCACCAGGUUACUGAAUCUGGUAAGCCAUGGAUAGAUAUGGCACAUAUCGUCACUUCAUUAAAUAAGUUAGAUGCUGGUGUAAAUGAGAAAAUUCAAUUGGUCUCUCGUGAUGGCGAAAAUGUACUUGUUGUAUCGUACACAGACUUGAGACGAUGUUUGGAAAAUGCUUUCAAUGAAUUACAAAAUCGGCUUCCAUCAGUACCGAAUUUACUGCCAAUAGUUGGUCAUAUCUAA